AUGGACGCCGCCGCCGUUCAUCUGCUGUUGGACGAAUUGGAAGGCGUGUUGUGCGGCCGGUUGCGACAAAAGGAGGUGUGGACCGGUGCUGGCGCGAUCGCCUUCGUGCAGCUGGCCAUCGCCGACGCCAGACAGCGAGUUCCCGUGUCGGCCUCGGCCUCGGCCUCGGCCACCGCCAUUUCCACACCACCACUAGCACCCGCAGCGGAAGAAGCGGAGAACGAAGCCAAGGGCGCGGAGGAAGAACGAAGCGCGAGCGGAGAGCAGCAGAGUUCGGAUGUUGGGCCUCUGGAGCACCACCGCGCGCUUCUGGAGGCGAGCGAACAGAUCAAGCCGCCGCCGACGGUGUGGGAGGGCCUGGUCCUGCCCCACAGGGCCGCAGGGGCGAGUGGCACCGACGCACAAGGGUCACUCGUCGACGACGAAUGUGCCCACAUCAAGGCCAAGUCGCCGCGGGCCGAUGGCGCGCCGAUCGAGCGGCUCAGCCUGUCGGCGUCGCACAGGACGCGGCAGUCCUGCAAUGACGGCCCGUCUCCGCCGCGCGACAAUGCCAGCAGUACCCCGACUUCGCCGCGCGACAGCGACAUCGACCCAACAUCGCCGCGUGGUGGUGACCACGCCCUGACUUCACCGCGUGGCGACGUUGGACCGAUGCCGCCGCGUGGAGGUGGCGCCCUGGCUUCGCCGCGCGACGUUGGACCGACUUCGCCGCGUGGUGAUGGCGCCUCGGCUUUGCCGUGCGACAAUGGGAAGGCGCUUGGCGACGGCGAUGACACGAAAGAGGGCUCGGAAGACAACGCGGAGACGAGGCCGGCGUCAUCGGCUCCUCCUCACCCCAAGCCGGUCAUGUCGGCGCGCGGUCCUCGUCCCGCUGGUCGCGCCCCUCGCCCGAGCCUGGCCACUCCCUGGACCCCCGAGGGUCUGGUGCACGACCUCGGCGAGAUGGGCGAUGUGGACGUGCAGCUGCUACCGCCGGGGUCGCCCGACCUGCGGCCCCAGCUCCGCAUGGCACCCCACAAAUCGACAUUCCUCACGCGCACUCCCUCCACCAAGCUGCGGGCGGCCUACCCGUUCCUGCAGGUCGCCUCGCCCCGCGCGUCGAUCCACCCGUCGUCCGACUCAGCCUCGGGCUCGGCCAUCUUCCUCUCGUCUGCUGCCGCGCGGCCGCCGUCCGACUCCUUCGCGCCGCUCUUCGGUCCGCCGCCGUCGGACUCGGUGACGGCCGCCCGAUGCAUCUCAUCGCCGGCCCUGCUGCCUAUCAACCUCGACGAGAUGGAGAAGAAGAUCGAACAGCACACCAAGGAGUGGGCGCAGCUCAAGCAGGUUCAGCAGAGCACCACCUCCGCGCCAGCGCCGGCGCCGGUAUCUAACUCCGAUGAAACGGGCGGCGGCGACGAAAGAACGAAGGACGACGGCAGCGGCAAAAGAACGAAGCACGAAUCGGACGAAAAGAAAGAGAGGAAAGCGAAAAGCGGCAAGGUGCGACGGACGCUGAGGCGAAGAGCGAAGGGCAAGGAGGCCGAAGACGUCCCGCCGCCGAGCGCUACCACCAAGGCGAAGAAGCAGCAGAAGAAGGAGCGGAGGAAGAGCGGGAAGAAGGAGGCCGAGGAGACAAAGCCUCACCGGCAGCCACUUCUGUCGUUUUCCGUCGACAGCGCCAACAACAGAAGAGGCGGCGGUGAGCUGCAGAAGGCCGACCCGGUCGUUGUCGUCGGGGUCGAGACCGAAGCCGAAGCCGACAGGCGGCAAAUACGGAGGAAGGCGACCAUCGGCGAUUGGGAGAGGGCCGACGCGAUCAGCCCCAAGAGCGACCGAAAACCCAGGCUUGUCCGCACACGAAGUGCGAUAGGCAUGAAGAGGGAACAGGAGGUCUACGCUAAGGAGGCCAAAGGCAAAGCCGGCUCUCAAGUGUCGAGUCGGGUCUCCCGAGAUCAUUGGGAGGUCCCCAGCGAGCUCGCCGUGCCACAGUGCGCCGUGUGCGCCGCGUCGUUCUCCCGCGCCAAGAGGAGGCACCGCUGCAAGGCGUGCGAGCGAUUCCUGUGCAGCGGAUGCUCGGCCCACCGCACGGUCCUGCCGGGUGUGUCCGGCGGCAAGGCCUCCCGCGUGUGCGACGACUGCUACGCCAAGUGGUCACCCGCUUCCCACUCGCUCAACUCCUCUUCAUCAUCAUCAUCGUCAUCAUCUUCUUCUUCCUCUGCCUCUUCUUCACCUCCCACCCCUUCUUCUUCUCUUCUUUCUUCGUCUUCUUCGUCUUCGUCUUCUUCUUCGCUCAUCUCCCAAUCCCUUCCCACCGACAGCCUGCUGCGAGGCUGA